CGACUACUGAAAUUUUUUCCUUGCAUUGCAAAUUUUGCAUUCUUUUUCCAGAAAUAAAACUAUCGAGUCUUAGUGUGUUUCGUUGCCAAAUUUGAGUUCGCCGAAGUCGUAGGCGUUUGAGGUACCGCCACUCCUGCGACAGGUAUAUCCGUUUUAUCCUGGGAGGAAAUAAUCCGUAACCUCGGGUACAGUGAGGGGGUUAAAUUCCUUAAGGACACAUAGUGAAUUCUGUGGUCUCGGAUAUUUCUUAAUUUUUGCACACAGUUUCUGUCUUCGUUUUCUACUUACUGGUUUUUUCCAGUUUCUGGUUCUGGUUUCCUACGGUUCUGAACACGGGCGUAUAACAGAUGUCAAACGUCAAUCAAUUCCUUCGUACUUCGAUCCAAUUAAUCGAUCAAUCUAGGAGAAAAUCAAGUCAUAAAGUUUAACUUUCUUUUUUCACUUCAAGACAAGGUUUUGAAUAUGCUAUUGUGCUCAGCCACUCUAUGGCGGAACUAGGUGACGGGAGGGGGUUCAACAUAAAUAGGGUAAAAAGAAGUUUGUAGUAUAUAAUUUACUUACUGAGCAAAGCUAGUUUAUCCCUUGUACAAGUAAUGUCUAUGGCAUGUCCAAAAUGUGGACAGCAACUGCCGCUGCCCCCACAAAGUAUACUAUUUCGUUGCCAGUGUGGCAAUUUGAUUCCUCUAGGCAAUAGUGACAGGUCACUGCCAGUCCAAGAACAUGGUAGAUCCAGUUCAAAAAUGAGAAGAUUCAGAGAUAAAUUUAGGAGAAACAGUUCGAGAAAGAACAGUCCAAGUACUAGUCCACGUUUGUCUCUUCUUUUCACAAAGCCACCACCAAGUGGGAAGCGUGCACUUCUUUGUGGGGUGACUUACAAGAAGGAAAAAUUCAGGCUUAGUGGAACACUGCAUGAUGUAAACAGCAUGAGGAACUUGCUGGUUAAAAAAAUUAGCUUUUCAGAUGAAUCCAUUCUCAUUCUAGCAGAAGAAGCAGCAUAUAAACCUCCAACUAGGAGAAACGUCCUAGAGGCUUUCAAGUGGCUAAUGAUUGACCUUAAAUCGGGUGACUCGUUGGUGUUCUACUUCUCAGGACACGGCUUACAACAACCUGAUUUUCUUGAUGAUGAGCUAGAUGGUUUUGAUGAAACGAUCUGUCCUCUUGACUGUACGACUAAAGGCAUGAUCACUGAUAAUAACAUCAAUGAUAUUCUUGUCAAACCACUCACUCCAGGUGUUACACUUCAUGCUAUCAUCGACUCUUGUCAUAGUGGAACUAUUCUCGAUUUACCUUGGGUAUACAACAGAGAGAAAAGUUGGGCUGAUAACAGACCCCCAUCCGGAACUAAAAAGGGUACGAGUGGUGGAAGGGCCAUCGGUUUCAGUGCUUGCAGGGAUAAUCAACUAGCUGCAGAAACCUCUGCUCUAUCUGAUGAAAAAACUAUGAUGGGUGCUAUGACUUACACAUUUAUAAAAGCUCUCUCGGAAAACACAAAUAUAACAUACCAAGGAUUACUUGAUUAUAUGCACAACGAAAUCGAAAAUGUUAACAAAGCUAGAUGUCCACUGCUGAAGCCAUUCCAAGGCAAGAUAGAUCAGGAACCAAUGUUAUCAUCUUCUGAAAAAUUCGACACUAACAUAAAGUUCAAGCUCUAACUCUGCGGCAGAAAGUUGGAUUUGGACCUAGAUGUUUCCAGCUCCAUGAUAAAAGGAGGGUGCUGCUUGUUUCAUACUUGUGCCUUAUAUUGCUUUCUUUUCUUUACCCUUCUCUAUCUUUCUCUGAAAGUCAAUCCAAAGAUUUGUAUCAACACUCUUUUUAAUUUGGCUUUUUUCUAUGAUAAUAAUUCUAUCCAUGUUAUCUGUGACUC